AUGCCGUACAACGAUAAGCAUAAGGAUGAGCAUAACAAGCAGGAGCAGGAUAAAGAUGUAGAGGAGACGAAGGAUGAUGAGGUGAAGGAGGAGCUGCUGCUGCUGCUGCUGCUGCAGCUGGCCGCCACAACAGUUUACAAAGGUAUCUGUCAGUCGAUUAACUUUAUAACCCUCUACCGUUAUGUCUUCUUUGAUGCUCCAGAUGUUUUCUUACACAUAUCCUGCAUCCCUUGUGGGUUGAGACCAUCAUCGCUGCGCAAAUCGUCCUUCUCCAGCAGCAGCAGCAUCAAUAACGCUUGUCCUCCGCCGCCGCCCACGCCGCAUCAGCACCAAUUGACUGGCAGCAGUCAGCUUCAAAAGAACCAUCAUCAUCCGCACCAGAGUCCACAUCAUCAUCAGCAGCAGCAGCACCAGCAACAGCAUCAACACAGGCGCAGCAGCAGCAUCAGCCAUACCGACAUUGGUUGCACUUUGGCCACGAAACCCGUCAUCAAUUUGCUAGGCAAUCAGCAGCAGGUCAACUACUUUGAAUUCCCGCCCACCACACGAAGUGGCGCCCCACUCUUGUUGGCCAAACGUUGCCCCGCCACCGCCUCCACACCGUCGCUAAAUUGCCUGCAGCAGCAGCAACAACAACAGCCACAGCAACAUCAACGGCAACAGCAACAUCAACAACAACAGCAAAGUUCCAUAGCAGAUAUUGCAAAUUCAAGCUAUAGCUCUGCGGUUGCCAAAGCGGCUGCCUCAACUGCUUGUGCACUUCUAGCCACGUGCCACGUGACCAACAACAGCUCUAGCCUUAGUCCCAGCUCCAAUCGUUACCAACAGCAACAACAACAACAGCAACAGCAGCAACAACAAACCAAAGACAGGAACAGCAUGGGUCGACGUGAGAUUAAACGUUCCAAUACCAGUGGGUCCACCACCCGAUCCUACGACAGUGGCAGCGCAACAACAAACUUUGUUGGCAAAUUUACGCAGAGCGUGCGUCGAAUUGUGCAGGAUGUGAAGGACGAGGGUGCACCUAGUGGCAUGACACGCGAUGAGGUCAUUGAAACCAAUGAACGGCUACGUUCGCUACGCCUGCGCCUGGAGGAAUCAUACGACACGGUGAAGAAGGCACUGAUUAACCUGAUGAACAAGUACGGCGACUCGAAGAGCCAUCGCAACAUAUUUCAACGUUAUCCAAUGCUCAAGCUAAUGAUAAAGGAAGUCAUACGCUUGGAGACUCAGUACUGGACGUUGGUGGACAUACCGCGUCAGGAGAAGCAGGAAACCGUGCCCUCCUACGUAAUGCGAGCCUGUUCCAUUAUGGAGAAGACUCAGAAGUCCGGUGAGGGCGUCAAGACCUCGGCCAGGCUGGCUGAUGAAGCCGCCGAGCGGAGGGAGCGCAUGGAGCGGUUAGAACACAUGACAACGGCACAAAUCGAGCACGAGAACACACAGCUGAUUAAUGAUUUGUAUCGUCUGCUAAAAAAGUAUCUGGGCUUGCGGCAUUUGAUACGCGUGCUAAAGGAAGAGUACGGCAGCUCAAAGAUGUAUCCGAUAUUUCCACGAUACACAAUGCUCAAGGACAUGAUAAAGGGCAUUAUGCACGACCCGGACUACAUGGAGGUGUGUCACGAAACGCUGGCCAACUCCAACUGAGCCGAGGCCUCCGGAAAUGGCAGGCGUCGCAUGAGUGUCAUUUGAGAGGGCCACACAUAAAGUGAAGGAGCAAACAAACCAACAACAGCAUCAGGAGCUCAAGCUGCCACAAACAAAAAGGGAGGCAGGAUGCGAGCUAAGUGUGCUGAUUUCACAUGCGACUUUCAGUCAUUCCCAGCUAUUGUUAAGCUGCUUUAAAAUCAUGCCUGACGAGCGAUUGUCAACUUUUGGAAUAGUUAGAUACAAAUCUUUAGGUAAUUUUAGCCAAAUCAAAAAGGCAAAACAAACCAACUAAGCAACUCAACUCAACUAAACUAAAACUCAACUAAUAACUACAAGCAGACCCCACCACAACAGUAAACUACUGA